GCGCAGAAGCUGAAUGUGCUCCCGGCAACAGCUGAAGACUAUGAAGAACUGAUAUCUAUCUCUAGUGGGUUAUUCAAAGGAACGGACUAUCUGCCAUUCAGGUAUCAUGAUUGGCUAAAGGAACCCCAGAGAAGAAUGUUUGUGGCCAAGUGUGAAGGGAGAGUGGUGGGCUUCAUAACUUACGUAUUGGAUGGUAAUGGAACUACUGCAGUAAUGGAAGGUAUUCGGGUAGCCCUCUGGAUAAGAGGACAUGGGGUGGCUGGAUUGAUUCAGAGGUUUUGCAUUAAUGCUAUGCUUUCUGACCAUCCGGAGGUUAAAGCAAUUCGAUUCACUCGGGCAGAGGAUCCACCAGCUUCUAUUUUGGCUAAAUGCAAAUUAAUCACCUCUAAGGCAGUGAUCUCGGUGUUCCUACCUGCUGACCAGUUAAAAACAACGCUCAGGUUACUGGAGUCUCGAGUAAAUAAUUUGGACAGAUCUAAAUACUUAUCUGUUCUGGGACCGAAGGAAAUUCUCAGAUUUUUUGAGGAGUCCAGGAAAAGACAACAACUGCUUCCUGGUGGAUUUCUAGUUCAAGGCUGGUUUCCUCUUACCACUCAUAAGUCCAACCUAAAUCUUCUGUUAAAACGACAGAUUGUCUGGAUUUACUCACAUUUUGGGGAUUCAAGUGACUCUGCAUCUUCUUCCAAGGUCACCAUCGGCUGUGAUGGCCCCCAUGCCUAUCUAGAAGAGUUUCUUAGCCUUGGUUCCCCUCCAUAUCCAGUGUCUAAUGCAGAGAGAGUAUACUUUAUAGAUAUUGACAUGUUUGGAAAUGAUCCAUCUUGUGCCAAGGUCCAUGUUCUAGAGCAGUUGAAGAUUGCAGUACAAGCAUUGCCUGCAGGGAGUAGUAUAAUCUGUAUCCUAUAUGCAGAUGAGGGCCUCCGGUCUGAGCUUGUACAACUGUGUGAAGGCCUGACUCCAUUCCCUAUCUCGAAGGAACAGAUGCAAAUGGAGCUGGAGAUCUAG